AUGAACCUAUUAAUUACAACUUUAUUAAUCACAACCAUUCUUUCUGUUUUACUAGCCUUAGUCUCAUUCUGAUUACCUCAAAUAAAUCCUGAUGCAGAAAAACUAUCGCCCUACGAGUGUGGCUUUGACCCCUUAGGCUCCGCCCGACUUCCAUUCUCGCUACGAUUUUUUCUCGUAGCAAUUUUAUUCCUCCUAUUCGACUUAGAAAUUGCUCUACUCCUCCCACUCCCCUGAGGUAUACAACUAAUAUCCCCCUCCUAUACAUUCAUAUGGGCGUCAUCAGUUGUUGUUCUUCUAACCCUGGGUUUAAUCUAUGAGUGGAUCCAAGGUGGCCUAGAAUGAGCUGAAU